UUCCACGUGGGAUUACAGAGGUUCCACUGUGUCCAGUGUAGACAGCGAGAGCUCUCUGUCACAGCGGCACACACGCGAGCGUUGUUUUUAUUUUACCAUAGAAGCAUUGAGUACAAAGACAACGUUCUUUCACAGAAAGUUGUUCCUGGGAAUUGAAGUCGACCAGCUUUAAAAUGACUUUCGUGAUCUCGCCACGGGUGGAUGACAGUGUUUUAAUCACGUGACUUUUAUAUCACCUUAGUGACAUGUAUACACUUGUUUUUUUUUUCUUUCAUGGUCUUUAAAUUUUUGGAUAUAGAUAGUUUCAAAAAUUGGAAAAUCAAUGACCCGUCCUAUCGAUAAAUCAUAACGUAAGGCUUUUGUACAGCGAACAUUCGCCAGUUAUUUAAUCGCAGCGAGACUUUGGUGAACAAGAGCUCGAAAAGAAAACUUCUUAAUUUAAGUUAAUUGUGAUAAUUUUACGAAGAUAAUCAGUGAUAUGUUAGGAUGGAAUAACACAUAACCAUGGAUGAUACGUUGAGUGUCGGAGAUAUUAUAUGCCUAUAUUCGGCGGAAAGUUUCGGGUUUAUUUUAUCUACACAAUCCAGCUCUGUACACAAUGAAGUGGCAGUUGGUUCUAGACAGGACAGAAAGCGACCGAAUGUAUCCGACCAGCAUGUGAUUUCAUUCAAGAUAGAGGUAGCCAAUCGGUACAAAUUGAACAAAAGUUACAGGAAGUUACAGGCCAAACUAGCGGAGGAGCCGGAGAACAUCCCCCUCAGGAAUUCCGUGUCUAAAGCCAAGCUUGCUGCAGAAGCAGAAAAUGAUGACAACAUUUUGGAACAGAAGAGACAGCAAGGCAAGAAAGUUCUGUAUGGACAGGUCAUACAGUUGCGACAUUUGUUCACGAACAAGUACAUCCAUGUCAGCACCACCAAGACAUCCAACACGGAGACCAACAACAUGGCUGUGGAGUUACUGGGAGACAAUGCCAAACAUGCUCAGUUCCGUAUCAUGCCACGAUACAAAGUCAAGGCAGAGGGUGAUGUGGUGCAAGUUGAUGACCAGGUUGUUUUGGAGAGCGUGAAAUCCUCAGGAUCAUACCUUCAUGUCAGCAAAUCAUUACUGGGUCAGGUGUCGGUCUACAGCACAAGCCAUGAACUGAAUCUGUCUGUCCAGCAGUCUGGGUUCACAAUCUACAGGAAGUACAAGCCUGCUCCAGAGGACAUGGACAGGGUGAAAGUAGGAGACAUCAUCCGCUUUUACCACAAGGAGAUGGAGGCUUACUUAGUGGCAGAGGGACUGUUUGAUGACGAACUCUUGGAGGAUGUUCAUCUGAGAAUGAGGCCAAUGGACCCAGCAAACCCUAAGACCCUGUUCCCUAGUACAUCAGCAGUCACAUAUUGGCAGAUAGAGCUUCAGGAGGGACCAGUACAAGGUGGAGUCCUGAAAUGGGAACAACAGUGUAAAAUCAUCCAUAUGUGUACUCGGAAAUACCUGACAGUGAAGGAUGGUCAUGUGACCUUAACCGGUGACCAUCUGGAUCCGGCUACUGUGUUCAGACUCCAUCCUGUUAUUAGGGAAAAUGACGAUAUUCCAUUGGACAGUUACUGCAGAAUUGAACAUGUGGUGUCGGGAAGCUGGCUUCAUGCUUUUCUUGAGGAAUACAAGAGGAAGCAGGUUAUACAAACACAGGACACCAAGGCAAUGGAAUCUCUCAAAUGGAGCACAGCAGAACUCAAGCAGACACCACAACCUACUAUCACCCAAACGACCGCUGGAAAAAGGAAAGUCAAUAAAAAGCGGAGUCAGACUUUAUGCAUUGGGACAAUUGAAGAGAAGCAAUAUGAUGAUGCCUUCACUAUACAGGGAGUGGAAGAUGAACAUGUCGAGAUCUUCCAUCACAUGGCGGGAAUGGUGCCCUUCAUACAGAAACUGGUGGCUGAUAAACGGGCUGGGAUGAAUCUGAACGCCAAAAUGGCACACGACACUCUAACAGCUCUGGGAGAACUCAGCACUUACAUGAUUGUGGAUGGACAGCCAGAAAAAAAUCGACAGAAAUUGAUGAGAAAUCUCAGGAUAGUGGAGCUGUUGAUAUAUCUACUUCGGAUCCCAUUUAGAGGAAGCCCGGAUCAGUACCAUCUGACGAAGAUUUUUGUGGAGGCUUACAAUGUGUUGUAUACUUACCUAAUGGGAGACAGUCGGAAGAAUGAGCUGUAUAUUGCCAAAUACAUUGAUUUCUUUCUGUCGCAGUUUGAACUGAAGGAGGGUCAGAUUGGUUUGAAUGCAGCUCACAUGGUGAUGGAACUCAUUAAAGACAAUCGGAAAAUUGUGGACCGAAUUUCCCAUGGCCACAUUGACAAGUUUGUGGAACUUCUACAGAGAGACAGGAAUCAUAGGUACCUUGACUUGCUGGCAGUCUUGUGUGUAUGUGAUGGUGUGUCCAUUCCAGACAAUCAAAAGUACAUCACAGAAGUCUGGCUCAUGAAGGGCAAUAGGCAAAACUGUGUCUAUUACACUGAUAUGGGACAGAAAAUAGGAAAAGAGCAUGGAGUUAUUUAUGUGUCAACCAAUCAGGGUAGAAAAUGGAUGGAGCUUGCAGAGUUUGCAACAAACGUUUCGGGAGAGGAGUAUUUGUUUCUGGAACAUCAGCUGGAAUUGUUCGGAGAUCUGUGUCACGGUCAGAAUGACUUCUCAAUCAAGGUCAUCACCCAGGAAUUGAACUAUUUGACCUGGGAGGAAGCAUUCACAUGUCUGAGUGAUGACCGUCUGCCAGACAAACUACGAUCACAAUACUGUGACCUCAUUAUCACCAUGUUUGUAGACAUUGGUGCUAACCACUCCGUCAUUGAUCGGGUGAAACUCUCCUACGUCUAUGAUGAAAUUGAUUCCUUUGAGACCAUUUCUAAAAUAAUUGUUGGCCCAAUUGCACCAAUGUCCAGAAAGGACGAGAUUGACCACAGUCACUCCAUGACAUACCAGGUGUUCCCAACCCUUAGUGACUGGAUCUCUUCUUUCCUGAAAAACAACAGCGACAUGAUAGCAUCCAACGUUGGAAACAACAUGCUCGUAAAACAGGUUCUUCGUUUGGUGCACUACUUGGUGUCGUUUGGAUUUUACUACAAACCGGAGGACAUUAAGAAGUUACUAGAGCCGUUGAUGUCACUGAUUGAUGGCAGGAAUGACAAGCCUUACCCUAAUGUCACAGGUGCAGAGGACAUUUUGAGAGCCUUUAGAUCAAGGGAUCGAUUCCUGAGAAGCACAGAGACUACAGCAGUUGUUAUGGCCAAGUGUCAGGCUUUAGAAGCAUUGAAUUUGUUCUUCAACUACAUUUUCAACUUGAGAUUAGAGAAAUUCAUGAAUAUGUUCAAAGUGACACAUACUCAUGCCAACAGCCCUCAAAUGCCCCCACCUGAGCUUGGACCACUUCUGUAUGAGACUUUUGACCUUUCAACUCACCAAGGAGUGUCAAAGAGUGCUUUGAAGAAACUUGCAGAAAUUUUUGAGUUCACCAAUUAUUUGAAGGCCUAUGAUCUUGUUGCUGUACUGAAGGACUUGUCGUUCUAUGACUAUGAUGAAAUGAUACGAAUGUCCAUGCAUCUCCUGAACAGAUAUUACUCAGCUCACCAUCAGCUGUUCAACAAUGCAGUGCAGGCCCAGGUUUUAAUUACUGACAAAUCAGUGGAAGUUUUCAAUGCAUUGGAAAAGGUGCUGCCGAAUCUGCGGCGCCUAGCAUCGUCCAAACUCAGCAACCAGCAGGCCGAGGAACUUGUGUCCAUUCUGGAGGAUUUGAUACUAAUGUGCCAUUUAGACAAAGAGCCUGAGGAACCACAUGGGAUGAACCAGACUAUUCUGUACAACCAUGGUAUUAUAGAGGACAUGUUCAGUAUACUACAGCAGGAAAUAGACGUCAAACUGUUGGACCAAUACACUGGGCUGAGGAAGGUGUUCCAGAGAACCUUCACUUUACUGAAGUUACUAGCCAGGGGAAAUAAGCUGGUUCAAGGGCGUUUGUUUGAUCGUCUAGACAUGUUGCUAGCUACAGAAGGGGCUGGAGAGGAGUUAGCUGAGUGCAUUACAGAGGUGUUCACUGGAAAUUCCACCACUUGCAUGAAGAUUAGUGGGAAUCAAGUGCAAAGAAUAAUGACAUUAGUUGCCAAGAAUAAAGAAAAUGUGCCCCAGCUUCUGGAUUUGCUGAAUGCUGUAGUGAAAGUUGAAGAAUUAGACUUGCCAUUAAAGAGGAAUCAGAGUUUUGUCAUGCAGUAUUUCAUGCAGUUUAGAUCUGACAUUGCACAAGUGAUAGACCAAGACGAAAAAGCCAGGGAAAAGAUUUUAACAGAAGCGGGGAACAAACAGCUUCAUUAUCUUAUAGCCAUGGUGGAUAUGUUGGCAACAUGUGCAGAGGUCACGAUGGUUCUAGGAGAGAACCGGCACAUUGAAUCCAUCUGUCAGACAAUCUUCCGCAUCCCGGAGCUUCUUCGACUGCUGACAAAUCAAAACAUCAGCAACAAUUUUAAGCAGCCUUUCCUGCGUUUCUUCCUAUGGGUAUACCUCAACACCGCCGGAGGCAUGAUAGAGAGUGGAGCAGGAGACAUGCCACACGAAAAAAUGAUGUGGCUAUACUUAGGAGAGAUUACUAGAACACUCAACCAAGUGACCGAAUUUGGUAAAGAAGAUCCAGAAACAACGAAACUACUGCUCAAAAGACCCCCGGCGAAAAGUGACCGUGGUGACACUAAGAAGGAAGCCACAAGGGGGACUCUCCACUACCUGUUUGAGGGUGUCAUGCCAUUCCUCCAGAUUUUCUGUCGAUCGUUUUAUCAGCCAGAUUCCUCUGUGUUUCCCCAAGAACCUGAAGAUAUGGACAAACUUGCCACAGCAUUCAAGGAUUUCAUGGAGGUGGUGGCCCCAAUGAUCUGCAUAGAGCGACAGAUGAAGAACUUAGUGUCCUGCAUGACUUCACUUUUAUCAGCAUCCACACUACCUGUUAGGUAUAUGGAAGAAUUCCAGGAAAAAUAUGGUGGAGGAAUUGCUUCCCAAGAUGUCAGAAGUGAUGCCAGAAAGGUCUAUGAGGAAUAUUAUGAGAUGGAGGAAGAAAUCAACAAGCAGCUGAAUGUGUUUGCAGUAAAUAUGAAGGUGGCUUAUGGUGGUCCCAACACCGUAGAGGCACAGACAGGAUUUGACUCUGAUCUAGAAUAUUCGGAGCUGGGUGGGGAUGAAGAGCUACCCCUAGGCCAUGAAUUCCAGGAACACCUGAGGUGUUUCAUUGACAGCACAAAGAAAGACCCCAUUAAAAAAUUUAAGCUGAGCGAGAAACUUAUUAAACAACUCAUGAUUUCUUCUCAACUGUCUCGUUCACAUUUGAAUGAGAAGGAGAAGUUGGAACAGGUUGACCUAGAUGUUAAAUGUCUACAACUUCUUCGAGGUCUGAUUCACAAUGAGAUUGUAAAGCUUCCGGAGGACUGGGAGUCAGAGUCAUCGUCUCAUCGGAGGCAGCUGAAGGCAAUUGAGGAUGUCCAGAAUGCGCUAAACUAUUUCCAGGUGGUGACCAGCACGCUGGACCACCUUAAUAGUUCACAGGACAGUGUUGUUCGAGAGACUCUUGGAUUCUUAGCCAGCCUUCUGUUUAACGGCAAUGAAUAUGUCCAGAACAGCCUUAUUGCCUACUUCACAGGGACCAGAGAGGAGACGUUCUUCUUUGCGAUUAAGAAUCGUAUGCACAUGUCUGCUUUGGCUACCAGAGAGAAGCGACUUCUAAAUGCCAUGCAUCAAGCCAAAGUGGAGGAGGCCAUGCAACAAGCCAGGGCGCUCAGGAAAGCCAUGGAAACCGGCAAGCUUGCUCAGGCGGAGAUCAUGAGGGCAAAUCAGCUGGGAUCUAUGCUGUCAAUGGCAAAGAGAUCUAUGGCCAAUCUCAAGGCUGGGUCCUCCCCUGGCUCUCGCAUGGGAUCGCGAGCUCUUCUGGGUUCUCGUAUGGGCUCGCAGUCCAAGCUUAGCCAAGGUAAAUCAGCACUUGGUAGCGGUCUAUUGAAGCCACCCUCAAUGAUGAAUGGAGUCAACAAAUCUAGUCUUCAGCUAAAUGGCUUUGCCAACCCAAAGUCCAAGGUAGCACCUAUGGAGAAUCCUGAGGUUGUCAUCGAGAAUGUGGAUGAGGAAGAACUGAAGGAACUGAUGGAUGCAGCCAUGGGUAUGUCUGGUGAACUAGAGUUCAAAGAUGACGGCUACAUAGAACUGGUGCUUAGGAUUCUGGGAUUGAUGUGUGACAACCAGCAUAAUGAGAUUCAGAAUUACCUACGUGAGCAACCAGACAACAUCAAGUCUGUCAACCUGGUAGGAGAAACCACAAAAUUCCUCAACAUCUUAUACUCCAACAUCAAUGACAAGUCCAUGCCUCUAGUCGUUCAGCUGUUUGACACAUUAGUGGAAUUCACCUCUGGUAACCAAAGAAACCAAGCCAUUGUGUUUGACAACAAAGUGUGCGACUACAUCAACCACAUUCUUAGAGUGGGCAAAUUCCACAACUGUGAUAUGAAAGAGGAAUAUGUUCUGAAGAAGUCUAUUGCCACAUUGAUUAAGUCCCUGACAGAAGAGAAUCCCCCCGAGGAUGAUGAUGAUACCCUGCUAGCCAAGCAAGAGAAAAAAGACGAGCGAUAUCCUUCAUUGGCUGAAAACAUAAAAGGCCCUGCAAGUGUGGAAGUGAUGGAAUACCUGGAUGCUGACCUGUGUGUGAUUACUAUGACAGAAGCGUUCCUACAACUCCAGGUGAUGGACAAAGCACCAGCGCAGAAGAGAAGAGAUCCCGCAUUUGAUGAGCUUUACAACUUGAUUCAGGACACGGGAUUCUCAUUUUACCAAAUCCUCUGUCGAAAAUUGGAUCUAGAAGAUGAUGCUAGUAAAAAGACUCUUGUUAAAAAUGAUCAGCAAAGCAUGGCCUGGGAUUUCUUUGCUAUGAGCACGAUGUCCAUUGAAGUCAUCAAAGAUGAUGUCCUUCAGAAAAUUUACUUCAGGGUCAAGGACAGGAAUGUCUUGAGAGAAGAGAUUAAGGAGAAGUUUAAGUAUGAAGUGGACAGGACAACCCCCAGCAAUAAAAUUCGGGACUUCAUGGACUGGGCCAGCGACAUCAUCCAAGACAUCAAAUAUCAACGCAAAGUUCACGCAAACCCCGUCGGUAGACUGCUGGUCAAGUUAUGGAUCCCUAUGAACUACAUGGUUGUGUUUAUGAGUUUUUUCAUCAGUUGUAUAAUUAUGGUGACCUGGAGGGAUCCUAAAUUAGCAGAUGGAUCAUCUGACACUGGAAGUGCCAAGCCUGAGGUUACCUUUGACAACUACUUUCCGUUUCUGUAUGUGUAUGGAGGAGUACACAACGUCUUAAGUUUCUGUGUCCUGAUCACCUUCCUGAUAUCCAACAAUCCCACAUUCCCCCCUUAUACGUGGAUCAAAAACAAAUUAUCAUCCAAUGAUGAUGACAUCGAUUUCCGAUCCUGGCAUGAGAAGAAGACGGGGCGUUCAAAUUUGGAGAUUGAAAUAUACAACUUCAAAACAAUAUAUUAUUUUGCAUUUUUUGCGUGUUCGAUUCUGGGAACGAUUUUCUAUGGGUAUUUUUUUGCGUUCCACCUCCUCCAUAUUUCUGAGUUGAACCAGCUACUUAAGAGAGUCAUCGCUGCAGUAACCACAAACGGUAAAUCACUUUUGAUGGUGGCGUUGCUGGGUCUGGCAGUGUUUUUCUGCUACUCGCUAAUUUCGUUUGCCUUCUUCCGUGAAUCUUUCUUCAAGGAGGCAGACGGGCGACAUUGUAGGACGGUGUACCAGUGCUUCAUCACCAUGAUCCACCACGGCUUUGUGGACUCGCCCUACACGACAAUUGAGGCCUUGAUGGAUGACCAGUGGGAUAAAGUUAUACAUGUUACUAUAUUUGACGUGACCUUCUUUAUCCUGGUUACAACCGUAGGAUUGAACAUCAUCUUUGGUAUCAUAGUGGACACCUUCUCCCAGCUCAGAGAUGCCAAGUGGGAAAUUGACAAGGAUAUGAUGAAUAACUGCUUUAUCUGCAGCAGAGAGUCGUACGAUUUUGAGAGACAUGGUGAUGGUUUUGAGAAACAUGUGAGGUCACAGCAUUAUCAGUGGGCCUAUCUCUUCUUCUUCCUCCACCUGGAUGAGACACGCCCAAAUGAUUACACAGCUCUGGAACUACACGUAUUUAAACAGCUCCAGAAUAAUGUGUACGAUUUCUUCCCUCUGAACAGAGCUCUGAGUCUCAUGAAUGAAGAAAACACAAGUGAACGCAAACUCGAGAGCCUCCGAAUCAAUAUUGAGUACAUGGUUAACAAGAUGAAAGAAGAGGAGGCAGCGAGAGAGCGUGAAAAGGAGAGACAGAAACAGAUUGCCUGGGAGGCUGAACACAAGGAAAUCAAGGCUGCAGGACAGAAAGAAUAGACAUAGACCAAUCACUGCAGAGGCCAGCAGCCAAUCAGAAUGUUUUAUAGCUACAUACAAAUGUAUUGUUAGACAAUCACAAAAUUGCUGAGGUUACCAACCAGUCGGAAAGAACUACAUAUUUACCAACCAACAGCAUCAGAUGUUUUAAGUUCAACAAAGCAAGAACUUGGAUUGCAACAGUUCAGUUUGGAGCACAACUGGUCUACUACAUAUUGUGGCAUUGCAUUGUUUUAUUUUUGUAUUUAUGAACAAUUCAGCAAAUGUUUUGGUUUUAUGUGUUAAAUGUGAUAAUACUUAUCUGUGAUUGUUGAGUGCAAUUCCACUGUAAGGAACCGAAACUCCUGGUGGUCAGAUUUUGCCAUGCUUUCAUAUUUCAAUGUUAUUUGCUCGUUCAAUUUUAUAAUACUAACUCUGACACUGUUAUGUUUUGUAAAAACCCUCAGUUCCAGUCUCAGAGGUUUAGAAAGUAUGGCUGUGUUUAAUGAUGGUCCAUGUGCGAUAUGCUUGAUGUUGUUGAUUAAUUAUUAUGAACUCUAUUUAUAAAUGUAUACAAAUGUAUGUUCUGCUGUGCAAAAAUCUUUUUACAAAGACCAUGACAAAAUUGAAUGCUCUUGCACUGUAAAUAUAUAUUUUAUAUUGUUGCUGUGAAUGAAGAUAGGGCCAUUGUAUCUGCGUGUGUGAGAAUUAUGAACAUUUUGACCAGCAAACUGUUGUUUUAAACAUGUACCUUGUGAGAAUUUUUUAUUUAUGUUUUAACUGGAAUACAUAAAUUUUUUGAUUACUGCUAACAUAAAACUUGGUCGUUUGGUAAAUUAAUAGGAAUGAAAUCACAAUGGUUUUUCAUCAGUUGGGUCGUUUGGUUUUUUGGGUUUUUUUUGGAAAAAAUAUAAAUAAAAAAUGUGUUUUAAAUGUCAUUGUCCCAAAUGUUUUGUAAAUAAUUUAUUUGGAUUGAGUUGUGAUUAUAUUUGACUUUUCCUGUUGCCUAUAAACUGAAGAGUUUGGGAAAGGAAAGUAAGUUUAAUGGUUUAUUGAUGUUCAAAAGAACAAGUGAUUAAUUUUACACAUUAUCUGAAAGUACCGGUAUAAAGUACUCUUUUUUGAUAUUUUCUGAUUUUUUUGGUUAUAAACUACAAAGUGAAGGAUGGUACCCUCUUUGAGAUACCAAACUAUUGUUUUAAAUAAAAUGAAUAAGUACGCAUGUUCAAUAUUCACAAUUAAUUUCUUGUCCGUGUCAAGGUUGUAUUGUAUUUAUUUCAAUGUAUUGAUUGUUUUGUAUUUUACUUUUAGAUGUGAUAAAAAUUUAGUCAUAUCGUCCAUUUUAUGUUUAAGCCAUUGGAGUUGAUGAAUUUCAUUUGAACUGUAAAGACAUGAUUUAAACAAUAUUUAUUCAAUAAAUUGAUGGGAUUGGGCAGCAGACUUGGCCUAUAUUAGCCCUCUCCCUUGUAAAGACAUACUGCAUUUACAAAUACUAUAGAAUUUCAAUUACAUCUCACUUCUUGUAUGACCUCUCCAAAAUAAGUUAUGACUCGGUCUACUGUUCAACUUCUGGAAGACUAGUUGUAAAGCUAAUAUUCCAAUGUUCAGUGCCCGACAGACAUAUAUUGUGUUAUUCAAAAUAGUACUUGAUAUAGGCCGGAUUGAAUGUCUAGUUUGUAUUGCUGGGUAUAAAGACCAGGAAAGGUCGGGGUAACAAAUUAACCCAUAAUACAAAGUACACAUUUAUUCCUCGUAUUUUGUGAUGAACUUGUUUAAUUUAUGAGUAAAUAUUUUUCAAGUUGAAAGGUCACAUGUGUCAGUGCUUUUAUCCAAACAAAUGAAACAUCAAAAAUUUAUUCCAAAUAAAAUAUUGGUAAAAUGUUAUUAGAAAAUUCCAAUAUAAAUUUUUACAUCUGUGAAAUACUUUAUUUUGUAUGACAGAUUCUGAAUUUACUGAUCAAUUUUACACAAGUUGUUCAGUUCAAAUCUAAAAAAAAAUUUCCACUUUGCAUUUUUCUCGCAUAGAGUACUUGCUUUUAAAAAAUAAUUGGCAGUUCUUUGAUUUUAUGUUCAGAUGAAAACCAUAACGAUAGAAACCAAUGACCUCUGUGUGGGACAAUCAUUAUACAUUAAUUGUACUCGAGGUUUGUUUUUUGUUAUUCUACACAAUUUGUACGUUUCUAUAUUGUUUUAAUGGAAACCAUUUCACAAUUUAUAUGAAGAUUGAACGAAAUUCCACAAUCAAUCUGAUUUCAAUGUGAACAAACUAUUGUUUAAUGUCGUAAAAAGAAAUCUAUAAUCUGCAAGUGGUUAAAAUAAUUUGUUAUUGUGCCUUUAAUAAAAUGUUAUUUUCAAGA